GGUAUUCUAGCUUUCUCCCGAGGUCUGAAUGCGAAUGAAACCCGCGCAUUGAGCUCUGGUCCCCCCCCCCGUCGCAAGACAGGCUUCGACAGCUCCCAGCUCCAGGAGCGCCCUCGUUGCCUUUGCUGCCCCUCUCCCGCACGCAUUCUCGGCCCUGGAACACAGUCCGAGCUGCCAACCAUAGCUUCCACACAUCGCUUCACCCUCACACACCUUACUCGCUGCGACACUUACUCGGGAUCACCCAAGUCAGUACCUACACCUCACACCUAAUCUGCUACUGCUCCAGUACACCCUGCCGAAAGCGAAAAGCUUCAUUCCACCGCCUAUACCUUAUCCCUCCAUCUCAACCUCCCUCGAAGCACGACGUUCCCUUACGAUACCCAUACCCGUUGCGCUGCGCUGCACAUCUACGUCGGCUUCGCGAUUGCUCCGUACCCCUCGAUCGAGCUCCCGUGCGUGCGAUUGCGAUACGACCACUAUCUAAUCUAGGGCAUGGUGGGGUCCCAGACAACCUCAACGUUGAUGACCAUGCCUCCGCGAUCCUCAUUAACCUCGUCUUUUUCCGUCUCGGACGCCAAUAAUGAAGUGGUGUGUCCAUUGCGAAAUCAAGAUGGCUCCAGCUGUCGCAAACGUUGCCUCGGCGUGAGUGCCUCUACUCUGCUGCGCCGGCCCCUCAUGGGUCCCGCAGCUCUACUUCUCUCUGCUUUUCCCCAGUGCAAUUGUAGUAACAUCGGCUUUGGAUGCGCAGGAGAAGCGAUAUCGUUCGAUGCAAGAGCACAUACGACGAGCUCAUCCCGAGCACUACAUUUCGAAGCUCCCAGCAACCGAAGAGAGCUUUCAGCUCAUGAUCAAUACCCCGCCAUCCGAACGACCUCCUCCCCCAAGCUCCAAUCUCGGCCCACACAGUAUGAGCUCCCUUGAUCGUAAUGAAACCAUAACUGACAGCAUUUAGGUUACGGGAACGACCGACUGAGUUAUUAUACUGAUGAUUCAAGUCGCAACACACCCACCAGAAACCUCGAUGAUAACCAGUCGAGUUCCAUGCUUCCAGCCGCUAGUGCCGCGGCCGCCCUAGCCCAACUACAUGCUCAUAAAUUGGAACCAGACUGGGAAUCAGAGACGGUGCGUUAUCUCAGUCACGAUAAAAUUGACGUCUUGUCACUUAUCAAUCGCUCACAGGACUGGAUGUCUGACACCGAGGCGCACAAACAAGCCAUGCGCCGCUCCAUUGAGUUACCUCCUUUACAUAACAAUCAUAUUGAGCCUACGAGUGAACCCUACUCUCAUCUCAACCCACAUCGACGAAGAGAGCUUUUGCCUUCUAUCUUGAAUAAUUCACCCCCGGGUAGAUCAUCUACCUUGCCGCCAAUUCAUCGGCCAGGCGCCAAUAGGCCAAGAAAACAGUCAUUAUCAAAGCGUGCAAGAGAGCCUCAACAUAAGAGGCAAAAGUCGCGCGAAAAUGCUGCACAUUUAAGGCGAAUGAGUUAUGACAGGAAAGCAUUUUCCGCUGAACCUUCAAGUGGAUUGUCCGCCGCAUAUGGCAAAAGAUGGGAGGAUUUGAUCGAUGCCGCUACUUCAGCAACCGAGGAUGCUGAUGAAGAUAGAACGCCAGUGAGUUUGUCUUCGUCGAAUCCUGAUGUAUGGUACUAAUUAAACAGGUUCCUCCGUCCCCAGUUUCAGUUAAUCGUGCAUCACUACCGCCCUUCUCGGCGUCCCAAUUUCAAGGAUAUCAAGCGUCGCCUCUCCAGCAAGCUUUGACUCCACCGUCAUACAUUCCAGAUGCACCAGAACCCUUUCCAUCCGUUGAAAGUGGAGAGAGUGGAGAUAUGUUCCACAUUGACAAUCGUGGUCUCUCUGAUUCGUCACCGAGUUUCUCAUCCCAAAAUAUCCAGAUAUAUUGCGCUGCGUGUCAGGGCGUGUCUCCGUUGAAAGAGUCGUACGCUUGCACCGAGUGUAUCUGUGGAAUUUGCCAGGCAUGUGUCGAUGUGCUUGUGGCUGAACAAGGUGCUCGGAGGAAGUGUCCUAAGUGCGCCACGAUUGGAGGGCGGUUUAAGCCCUUUCAAUUGGAUAUCAGAUGAUGCAACGAGUGUCCAGACCAAAGGAACAAUUCUUCUAGCUAAUUUUUUUUAUUUGGGGUUUUUCAAACAUAUAGAGGCGUAUCAGGGUGCAGGCGUUCUUUUUUUGCUAUCUAUUAUCAUUUGAUAUAGUUAUAUCCUGCAAGAAUGUCUGGGAUGGGAAUGUGGAUUUUUUGAUUUGCUUCUUUUUUUUUUUUGGAUAUAUAUAUAUAUAUAUCGCCAUAUGGCAGCUGGACGCUAUUCUUGUGCAUUUCUGGGACGUUGGCUAUCUGAUUAGCUAUCCAUUCGUAGGCUGGUUAUCUCGUGGGAAUCGGAAUUGGAAUUAAGGAAUUGGGAUAUUGGGAAUUGGGAAUUAGGUGCGUGUUUAUAAUUACUUGAAUAGGACUAUCUAUCUUCGUUUUUUGAUGUAGUGGACAUCGUUAUAUACGUACAUAGAAUUAUUUGUGCUCCUCUUGGG